AUGUCUCAUCCAUUGGUCGAUAAACCCGUUCCAAAAGAUAUAACCUUAAAAAAUCAGGACAACGAAGAUGUUAAAUUAGAUUCGUUGAUUGCCGGAAAACCUUCCGUUGUAUUUUUCUAUCCAAAAGACGAAACUUACGGUUGUACUAAAGAGGUUUGCUCUUUUCGCGAUUCCUAUGAGGAAUUCUCGAAAGUUGGCGCAACGGUUGUUGGCAUUUCAGCUGAUCCUCCCGAAAGUCAUAAGAAAUUUAUUAGUAGUCAGAAAUUGCAAUUUCAACUACUAUCUGACACAGAAGGAAAGGCUAGGAAAGCCUUUGAGGUUCCUAAAACUCUUGGUUUCUUGUCCGGUCGUAUUACUUACCUUAUCAGCAAAGAUGGAAUUGUCAAGGAUAUUUUCAAUUCCCAACUUAAUUUUACAGGUCACGCCGAAAAGGCCGUUGAAUUUGUUAAAACACAAGUCGAACCAGUGACUUAA